AUGUGGUUGUACGGCAAGAACAUCCUCUACAUACUGCUCUCCUCAUCCGCUCUUCAGUCUUAUCUGCACCUGUCCCUGAUGAUGGGCUCGAGUGAGAAGCUGAAACGUUGGGUGAGUGAAAUUCUUCUUCCAGUAAUUGCAUCUCAUUCUUCGCAACUAGAGAACGGUAGAAACUUGCACAGGAAAAACUGGAACACUGUGGGGGGGGGACUUUCGCAGCACCCAGCUCACUCUCUUGUCGUCCAUUUGUCUUAACUAAGUGUCAAAACUGAGCGAAGACCUUUGAAAGCGCACCUGGAGGGAGUAAAUGAGGUCGCAUAAACUCUCCCCCCCCCCCGGUUCGCGUGUUCCAGUACGGCCGGCUGAUCGAAUCAGACUACACACACACGCACAAGUUCCCCCGGUGACACACACACCGUCCCCCCUGACCGGGUUUCUCCCGUCAGUCAAAGCUGUUGCUGGGAUGUAGUCGCUGGGCUCAGUAUAGUUUAGUGACGUCUAGGUGGAAGCUCUGCACCUGAUCGUGCCAGGGUGGGGUGACCACCUGAGGCAGCUAGACAUCCUAAGGAGAUUGUCCGUCCGGCAAAGCGACCACCCCCUCCGCACCCCCUACAGACAGCCUGGCCCACAAUUUUAACCAGUGGACGAUGCCGGCCAGGCGAUACAAGCUCCUUCCUUCCUCCUCCCGUAUUUGUGAUUUGCCUGCCAAUUAAUACGGAAUCAGUAACCCCUCUUGCAGCAUUGAGACGUGCAUCCAUAACGUCCUCACCACCAUCGCCUACCCAGUGAGUAGUAGCUGAAUGUGCCGGGAAGAGACCACUGCACACCUGAGUCGUAGAACACUAGUAGACUUCUGCCUGUUGCUCUAUAAUUUCCUCAAAAAAAUCAACCACAAACUGGGAGUAGAUCCGUUUAAAAUAAGGUCAGUAGGGCACAGACCGAGAUUUGAUGCAUGAUUAUUUGGGCCAAAGUCCAUCAGUCACAGCGGAAUAAGCACGCAAUAGUCAGUAGAUCCCCAGCGCCAGUUUACAAUUUGUUGCUUUGAUUCAUAUCAAAUGUUGGUCUGUGCCUACAGGCCUUUGUCCAAACUAACAUACACCAAUUUCUAAACUGAAAUAUGUACCAGAAAGCAUAUCGGCGAUGCUGGGUACCAACUGAUGAGCCGAACCCCUCUCAGCUGUGUCAUGCAGUGGCAGAACAUAAGUGAAACACGCGCCGGGGCUUUUCAAUAGUACCUGUGAUGAUUUAUCCUGUAACUCCACUAGAUUUCUGCCUACCCGACACUGCCAUGAGAAGACCUACAUAAUUUGACCAACGCUGCCACCGCGCUAACUGAACUUUCCAGAGUUAAAAUACUCUUUGCUCAUGUGUUGGCGUUCGGGAAUGUCUUGACCGCCUUCAGCAAGAGCUGUUCAUCCAGCCAUCCUCCUCUUGAGAUGCAUUAAGUAAUACCGAAUUUCUGAAUUAACCAUUUAGCCAGACAUGUAUUUAAAAAGGUGUCUCAAUCUUGUCAGAUUAUUAUAGAAUGCAAGUUGCCAUUUCACGGCGGUAAGAGUAAUCCUCAUCUCCAGAGUCCCAAUGCCUUAGUGACGGUCCAGUUAAGCAUACGACAACCCGUACUACUCUGCCUUUUAGAGCGAGAACUCUGAAAUUGCGCGCAGUUUAAACACAACUUGUGGGUAUUUAUGCUUAAUAUUUUCGGAUAACUUACCACCACUUUACCCCCCCCCCCCACUUUAAGAGAUAUUUUGUGUCACAACAACAUCAACAGCUAUGCUGAUUUUUAUCCACUAACUGAAAAAGGACGGCUACUUUGACUUUCCGCCCAAAGGAAGUUGAACAACCAUCUGCCAUCAGCCAAUCAAACAGGACCACACAGUUAUCCUCGCAGUAAUCGGUAGCUCCAAUGCGUAGAAGUUAAGCACGUGUACAAUCCAUACAGUGGACAAAACCCUUGUCGUGAAAAAAAAAGGUUAGGACCUUGUUGUUCAAUGAAGGAGUGCCCUAGUUUCUUCUUCACACCAUAAUUGACCUUCAUUAAGGUCCGGACUAUAUCUUUUUCAGACGUUGUACCCUCGGUCGUCUAGCAUCACUACGCGCGAGCUUACUGGUUCCGUUUACGUAUAUUCUACGGUUCCCGACAAGUAUCUCAAACCGGGACUGGUUUAACUCAUACAGAGUGCGGAAGGUGACAUCCUGCGUACACCCCGAAGCCACGAAUUUCCUGACGCGGUAGGUCAAGAUCACGUAGUUUCAUUGGGACGCUGUGCGCGAGAACAACCGCCUCCGUGCGAUUGGUCAAGGGUGUAGUCACACCAACUGUGACAUAUUCCAUUAGCAGAAGGUACAGUGAGUGACCUAUCUCAUGAAAUGUUGGCUGAAAUUCUGAAAUGCGUUUUCGAUUAGGAAGGAUUACUUGGUCGCGGUUGUAAUAUUGACUAUCUUGCGGCAUAAUCUUAUCACAUUUCGGACUCGGCAGGAUGUCGGCUUUUAAAUGCACUUAUUUUCAAUCUCCUGUAGAAAGAGUGCUCGGUAAAAAAUGACUACAUAAGUAACAUGCAUUUUUUCCCAUUGAUUUUCGAUGGUCUUGGAAAUUCAAAUAUAUUUUAUAGAAACCAUAAACAAAAAUAUGCUUUCUUUCAGUUAAUCAAUAGAGAAUCACGUCUUCUUUAUAUUUUAUACUUAAGGAAGGAGUAUAAUUAGAUUUUAAAAAAGUUUCCAAUUAUGAGAUUUCCUAAGACCUCGAAAUGUCCAUUUACAUAGCAUCGUACCUGACGUUUGCCACUGCUCCUCAUGAAAUAAACAACAUGGUCCGCAUUCAUUGCAAAAUUUUAUGGACUCUGUAUGAUAUCUCUUUAAUGGCAUAGAAAAAUAUGUGAUUUUCUUUACGCGGAACGCAUGCACCUUGUAGAGUGAAAUCACUAAGUGCUAAUGCAAUGAAUGAUCAGGCUCCAAAUUAUUCGGCAAUAAGAAAACUUUUUUAAAACCUAAUUAUACUCCUUCCUUAAGUAUAAAAUAUAAAGAAGACGUGAUUCUCUAUUGAUUGACUAAAAGAAAGCAUAUUUUUGUUUAUGGUUUCUAUAAAAUAUAUUUGAAUUUCCAAGACCAUCGAAAAUCAAUGGGAAAAUGCAUGCUACUUAAGUAGUCAUGUUGUGCCGAGCACGCUUUCUACAGGAGAUUGAAAAGAAGUGCAUUUAACAGCCGACAUCCUGCCAAGUCCGAAAUGUUAUAAGAGUAUGCCACAAGAUAAGCAGUAUUACAACCGCGACCAAGUAAUCCUUCCUAAUCGAAAACGCAUUUCGGAAUUUCAGCCAACAUUUCAUGAGACACUGUAAGUCCUGAAGCCUGCGGCAGGCUGGGUCAGCUUGUCAUUCCGACUGUGGUUUUUCAGGCAGGCAGUACUGGGCGGAGUCUGCUUUGGCACUAACGUCUGCAGAAGUGAAAGGAAGCGUGCUGUCGGGCUCAGCUGGCGUGUCCACCCAACAGCACCUACUAAUGACUCAGUCCACACACACGCGCUGACAGACCGCGUGAUGUGCAGUUCAUGGUUCCAUGUGAGUGUACGCCUUAAUUCAGGUGCCAGUGCUCAACGGGUGACGGUGGUGGUGGGGGGGGGGGGUUAAGUAUUUACUCAAAUGCACGUGCACACACUCUUACCCCUUUAGAGGCCGUUCGAGGGUGACGAUGAGAAAGAGGGGCUUCUUGUUGCCCUGGCCGCCGUUGUAGAGACAGCUGUUGAAGCACGUGAACUUGCCAUUGAAUUGGCUGUACUCACAACCCUCUGCACAUGA